UCAUGCCCAAGUGGGCUACCCAACAUCAACCUUAUUACUUUAUUCAUGACCAAAGCCUUCCAGUCAUCCAUCCAUCCAUCAUUCACACCAAGCCUAAAACCGUCCCCUCCCCUCAAGCACUUUUCCUGUUCUAGUCUUCCAAAACCUUCCAUUAAUGGAGGACCCAAGUGAGCCAACAUGGCCUGAACUACUAGGAUGCAACAACUGGGAAGGCCUUCUCGAACCCUUAAACCUCCACCUCCGCCACCUCAUCCUCCGCUCCGGCGACUUCUGCCAAGCCACCUACGACGCCUUUGACAACGACCAGAACUCCGCCUUCUGCGGCAGCAGCCGGUAUGGCAAGCACUCAUUUUUCGACAAAGUCAUGCUCGAAUCCGCAAAUCGCUACCAAAUCUCCACCUUCCUCUACGCCACCGCCCGCGUCAGCGUCCACGAGUCCUUCCUCCUCCACUCCUUGUCCCGCGAGUCGUGGGAUCGUGAGUCCAACUGGAUCGGCUACGUCGCCGUCACCACCGACGAUGUCAGCCGAUCCACUGGACGUCGUGAAAUCUACGUUGUGUGGCGCGGAACCACUCGUAAUUAUGAGUGGAUCGAUAUCUUGGGCGCAAAGCUCCAGUCGUCAGAGCCUUUAUUGCGCCCAAGUACUCUUAAAAAGUUUUAUAACAACGAGGAUGACGAUGACGAUGACGAUGAUGAUAAUGACGAUGACGACCACGAUGGAAAGGUCAUUAAAGUCAUGAGGGGAUGGUUGACUUUAUACAUAUCCGACGACCCGAAAUCGCCUUUUACGAAACAAAGUGCGAGAGCCCAACUCCAGAAUAAGAUCAGACAACUCAUAGAUCAAUACAAAGAUGAGGAGCUAAGCAUAGUGCUAAUCGGGCAUAGCCUCGGAGCGAGUUUAUCGGUUUUAGCUGGCUUUGAUCUUGUUGAAAAUGGGAUUACAGAUAUCCCAAUAGCAGCAUUCGUGUUUGGUUGUCCACAAGUGGGUAACAGAGCUUUCAACGAAAGGCUCAAGCAAUUCCCAAACUUCAAAGUCUUGCAUAUAAGGAACAAGAUUGAUAUCAUACCACACUAUCCAAGCCAUCUGCUUGGAUAUGUGAAUUCUGGUACUGAAUUGAAAAUCGAUACCCGAAAAUCGCCUUAUUUGAAGGAUUCAAAGAACCCAAGUGACUGGCAUAACUUGCAGGCAAUGUUGCAUAUUGUGGCUGGUUGGAAUGGAAGUCAUGGAGAGUUUGGGAUGAGGGUGAAGAGAAGUUUGUCAUUGGUGAACAAGUCAUGUGAGUUUUUGAAAGAUGAGUGUUUGGUUCCAGGAUCAUGGUGGGUUGAGAAGAACAAAGGGAUGGUGCUUGAUGAGAAUGGGGAGUGGGUCUUGGCUCCACCUGCAGAUGAGGACCUACCUGUUCCAGAACUUUGAUGAUGGGUUAGGAUUGUGUUGGGUUGUGUGGUCAAUGGUUGGUGUUUGUGUGGUGGUGCCUUAUCUUAUCUUAUUUUUAUUUUAUUUAGUUAUCUUGUUUCCAUGGCAUAGAGUAUUGUUCUUCCCUCUAUCAUAUGUCAUGAAUUUGCCUUAUGGGAUGGCUACACAUUGCCAUUGUCAAAUACACAUAUUAUAAGUGCAAUUGCUAUGGUGAGCUAGCUUUGUUUGAAGAUGCAUGUACCAAAGUGUAACUUAAUUAUUUUUCUCGAAAGAGAGUAAUACACUUACUGCACCUUUCAUUGUUGGAUUA